CAUCAUCCCUUUCAUUUCUUCACACUUCAUCGCUGAAUCUUACAAAUCUCCAAAGCAAACUGUGAUUCGGAAGCUCUUCUUUAUCUACAAUUUCACCCAUGCGUUCGACGAAUUGCCUGAAAUUCGGGAUCGAACAAGUGUAGGAAGCAUACAUCAUGGCCACGAUCGGAGCAAUGCCGGAGAUUGGUGGCUUCCGACAGAAAAGCCGAAGGUCAUUUGUAACACUUAUUCUGACAGUUCUUACGAGUUCACAAUCGAUUCUCAUUGUUUGGUCGAAGAGAGCUGGGAAGUAUGAGUACAGUGUAACCACUGCAAAUUUUCUGGUAGAGGCAUUGAAAUGUGCAUUGUCUCUUGUGGCCUUGCUAAGAAUCUGGAGAAAGGACGGUGUUACUGAUGAUAACAGGUUGAGCACUACGUGGGAUGAAGUUAAAGUGUAUCCUAUUCCUGCUGCACUUUACCUUGUCAAGAAUCUACUUCAGUAUUACAUUUUUGCCUAUGUAGAUGCUCCUGGAUAUCAGAUACUGAAGAACUUGAAUAUUAUCAGCACUGGCAUAUUGUAUCAAAUUAUUCUCAAAAGGAAGUUAACUGAAAUUCAGUGGGCUGCUUUCAUUCUACUUUGUGCUGGGUGCACCACUGCACAGCUUAAUCCUAGUUCUGAUCAUGUUCUUCAGGCUCCUUUACAAGGUUGGGUUAUGGCUAUUGUAAUGGCCCUUUUGAGUGGUUUUGCAGGAGUUUACACAGAGGCUAUAAUUAAGAAGAGACCGUCAAGAAAUAUUAAUGUUCAGAACUUCUGGUUGUAUGUCUUUGGAAUGAUCUUCAAUGCUUUUGCAAUAAUGACUCAAGAUUUUGAUGCAGUCAUGAACGAUGGAUUCUUCCAUGGAUAUUCACUGAUUACGGUUCUCAUGAUUCUCAACCACGCACUAAGUGGUAUUGCAGUAUCAAUGGUGAUGAAGUAUGCUGACAAUAUUGUGAAGGUCUAUUCAACUUCAGUUGCAAUGCUACUGACUGCAGUUGUUUCUGUAUUUCUGUUUGGGUUUCACCUUUCCCUUGCCUUUUUCCUUGGUUCCACCGUUGUUUCUGUAGCGAUAUAUUUACACUCGACCAGCAAAGCCCGAAGAUAACAACCACCUUCACCUUCUGAGCUCUCUUGGUGAUACCCAAUAGUCAUCCUACUCCAAGCUCAGUUCGAUUUUCUUUCUUGCCAAAAGUGUUAGCAGAUAACUAUUUAUCCUACCGCAGCUUAAAAGUUGGCCUCGUAUUUAUCCUUGGAGUGGAGUUGGCAUUUGAAUUUCGGACUGAAGGAUACUUGUGAUCGACUACUAGAUGAUCUCCUCAUUUCUGUCAAUUCUGAAUUCAAAUAGCAGCGUUUAUUGCCCCAGCAAAGGUAUUAGGUAUGUGAAUUAGAUGAUAUUAUACAGUGCAACAAGUCCCGGGACAGCAGAAUACUUCACUUUGUACCACAAUACAUUUGACGUGGUGCAUAAUUUCAUGAACAUUUUUUCGCUCUUUCAAAUGUAAUUACUAGUAGUAUUAUUGUAAUAGCAAUUUGAUCAAUAUGUGCUUGUAUGGUGUGUACUUCGAUGUUUAGCACUUGUUCUAGUAUUAAUUUUACGGUAGUUAUUUGUGUCCUGGUU